CCGUCCACCCUGCUGUUUACCAGAGCAGAAACAUCAGUCAACAUGUCGGAAAAAGAUGACCGUGAAGGCUCGCCGCCCCGAGAACUCGUCCUCUGCUUCGAUGGAACGGGCAACAAUUUCCGGGAGGAUGACUCGGAGAGCAACAUCAUGAAGAUAUUUAGCAUGCUGGAUCGAAGUAAGGAAAAUCGAUCGGGCAUUGGGCAAGAUAUAAGCCCUGGCUCGUGGUUCACUGCCGCCAUCAAAAAGUCUCCCUUGCACAAGCUCCAUGACGAAGCGCACGCCGGCUCUUUCAAUAAGCAUGUUAUCCGCGGUUAUAAAUUCCUCGCGCGCCGGUGGAAGCCCGGUUCGAAAGUCUAUCUCUUCGGCUUCUCUCGCGGAGCAUAUACCGCCCGAUUCCUCAACGAAAUGCUUGACUUUGUAGGCCUCAUAUCCGCCGACAACGAAGAAAUGAUCCCUUUCGUCUGGGAAGCCUUCGUUAACUGGAAGUUUGCCCCACCCGGACGGGACCGAAAGAGAGCCGGAAUUUUUCUGCGCAAGUGUCGCGAGACGCUCUGCCGAAGAAUCGGAUGGGUGGAUUUCCUCGGCCUCUUUGACACCGUCAGCAGCGUCGACGGAAUGGACUGGGACUUCGACAAGUCAAACCCGAUUCAGCCAAAUCCGAAAACGAUGCGGCACGCCGUCAGCAUUGACGAGCGUCGCAUCAAGUUCCAGCCCGUGCUCUUCCAGGAAGUCCGCGGGCAGCCUGGCGAGAUGAGGAUGCCUCGCGUGAGCACCUGGGCGACAGGGAACGAAUCGGCGUCUGAUCGCGAGAGUCAGGCACCCGUGAAGCUGAAUCCGGACUUCGAGGAAGUAUAUUUCGCCGGCGACCACAGUGACGUCGGAGGCGGAUGGUCGGGAGGGCGCUGGCGCGUCAGUCAGAUCCCACUCAUGUGGAUGGUGCAGGAGGCGGCGGAGGCGGGCCUCACGUUCCGAGAGCACCAGUUGAAGCGACUGGGGUGCUUUGACCCGGUGAAGAGAGAGUACGACGACGACGUUUUAUGGGCAGCGACGACUGCGGAACUUCACGACUCGCUAAAUUACUCGGACCCCGGGAAGAUGGUGGAAACGAUGUUCUGGCGCGUGCUCGAGUGUGUCCCCUUCAAGAGACCUAAAGUCGCGCCCGAUGGAUCCGUGAAGGAUAGUCGAUGGCAUGCACGAGGUCUGCCUCGUCCGUUGCCUCGUAAUGCGAAGAUCCACUUCAGCGUUCACGACCGCAUGAGAGACGACCCGGGGUAUCGGCCCUACAACCUGGGAGUCGGCAAGAAAUUGGACAUUAGCGAAUGGCAGCGCGUGGAACAUGAGGCACAUAAAGGCAAGGAGAAGGACGCGAAUGGGGCUGGCCAGCUAGAGCGUGUGGGACAGCAAAAAGCGGAUAAGAAGCAGCAGCAAGCGGGCAACAAGCAGCAAGAAGUGAGGAAAAUACCGCAAAGAGCGGACGAGAGGCAGCAGAAGGGGAAACGAGCCGAGAAUCUCAUCUCGGGGACAGUGAAGAAGUCUGAAGUGAGUGUAUAA